AUGUCUGUCCACCCCCUCGACCCCCUCUCCCCCGCGGAGAUCACCAGGGCCGCCGCCAUCGUGCGCGCCCACUUCCCCGGCCAGGCCCCGGCCUUCCGCUUCAUUACGCUGAAAGAGCCCGCAAAGCAGGAACUGCUGCCGUUCUUGGAGAGCGAGCACAAGGGCCUCCCAGCCACCGCCCGGCCUGCGCGUCUCUCGCGGGUCCAGGUCGUGCUGCGCGGCGAAAAUGGCGCCAACAAGCUGAUCGAGCUGCAAGUCGAUCUGGACCGCAAGCAGGUCGUCAAGAGCGAGCAUCUUGUCGGAAGACACUCCUACAUCGAUCCUGAAUAUAUGAAGCAGGUCGAGGCGGCGUGUCUCGCAGAUUCUCGUGUACAGGAGGAGAUCAAGAAGCUUAAGCUGCCUCCUAGCUCUACGGUAGUGGUCGAGCCGUGGGCGUAUGGCACAGAUGGGAUUAAUGAUAUGUCGGAGAGGGUUUCAAUGUGCUGGUUCUAUUUGCGCCUCCUUGACAACCCCGAUGCCAACUACUACGCAUAUCCUCUGGAUCUCUGCGCAGAAGUCUCUGAACAGCUCAAGGUCACCAAGAUCUACUAUCUGCCCUCAGCUCAAGACGAGCGCAUCAGUGACCAACCCCGGCCGUUUGAUGUCAACAAGAUCCAUUCCACCGUGGAUAGCGAGUAUCACCCCAGUCUGCGGCCGCCUCCUCGCCAGACCACCAAGCCCUAUCAGGUUGUCCAGCCCGAUGGUCCUUCGUUCAGCUCGCAGGGAAAUCUCCUGUCGUGGGAGAAGUGGACCAUGCGAGUCGGGUUUAACUACCGUGAAGGCCUGACACUGCACGACAUCCGCUACGAUGGACGCAGUCUUUUCUACCGUCUCGCACUGUCCGAGAUGUUCGUGCCCUACGGUGACCCCCGGUCACCCUAUCCCCGCAAGGCCGCCUUCGACUUGGGCAGUGACGGUGCCGGCGUCAACGCAAACAACCUCCGUCUUGGAUGCGACUGUCUAGGUCUGAUCAAGUACUUUGACGCCUGGCACAACACCUCCUCCGGCGAGCCCCUCAAACUGCCCAACGUCGUGUGCUGCCACGAGCAAGACGACGGCAUCCUGUGGAAACACACCAACUUCCGCACGCAGAACGCCGUUGUCGCCCGCUCGCGCAUCCUCGUCCUGCAGACCAUCAUCACCGUCUCCAACUACGAAUACAUCUUCGCCUUCCAGUUCGGCCAGGACGCCUCCAUCCACUACGAGGUCCGCGCAACAGGCAUCCUCUCCACCUGUCCUAUCAACCUCACCGACAACGUCCCCUACGGCACCAUCGUCGCCCCCGGCGUGCUAGCCCCCUACCACCAGCACCUCUUCUGCCUCCGUAUGGACCCCUGGAUCGACGACAACACACAAAACUCGCUGCAGGUCGAAGAAUCCCACCCCAUGCCAGUCAACGACCCAUCAACCCACAACCCCUUCGGCGUCGGCUACAGCACAACGUCCCAAAUCAUCCCCGAAGAAACCGGUCUCGACCUGGACUUCACCAAGAACCGCACCUUCAAAAUCAUCAACGAGGCCUCGAUAAACCCCAUCACAAAGACCCCCGUCGGAUUCAAGCUCAUGCCCGCAUACAGCCAAAUGCUCCUCUCCCACCCAGAGUCCUACCACGCGAAACGCUCCGAGUACGCCGAACACGCCGUCUGGGUUACCCGAUACAACGACGAAGAAAUGUUCCCUGCCGGCCGGCAUACCAUGCAAUCACUAGGCGGGGAGGGGAUCUCCUCAGCUAUUGCACAUCGGAAAGACACUGGUGCACAGACAAGCGUGCGCAAUGAAGAUAUCGUCGUCUGGUAUACCUUUGGCUCAACGCAUAACCCGCGCAUCGAGGACUGGCCGGUCAUGCCGAUGGACCGUAUGGUUGUCGGGCUGAAGCCGGUGAAUUUCUUCAAGGGGAAUCCCGGGCUGGAUGUGCCGCCGUCGACACAGGAGAGGAAUCGGAGUGUGCUUGUUGAGGGGGAUACGCUGCAGUCUUCGACGGAUGCUUGUUGUCGGUUAUAG